AUGUCGAUCCUUAUCACCAUUCUCCUUCUGCUGGUCGCCUUGGCUGCGUCCCAGGUCAACCACGCCAUCCAUGGCUUCGAGUAUGUUGGCUGCGUCAGCGUCACCUCGGACAAGUUAAACGCCUUCGUCAACUUUGGCACAGCCUAUACCCCCGAGGAGUGUCAAUCUGCUUGCACCGGUCGCAACUACGCCGCUGCCUUCCCUGAUGGGUGCCGUUGCGGUAGUAGCCUGGAGAGCUUCCCUACUGUCGAGGAGUCCCUCUGCAGCAACCCUUGCAACGGCGACUGGAACUUUGGCUUCUGUGGCUAUUCCAACUCCGAGGGCUGCAGCUAUGCCAACGUAUACAAGGCGUGCGACGAGAACAAUCCCGUCCCGUUCUCGAAUCCGAUCCCCGGCGGCCCGGCAUCCACUGAGCCCGUCCCUACCAUCACCUUUUCAACCAUUCGUCUUCCGACCGUCACUCGCACCUUAAAGCUGGCCACCAAGUCCACCAUCGUCAUCCACACCGUCACACCCGGCAAUGGAGGCCUCACGUCUUCGUGCGCCUUGAAUGAUGACAUCCCCCCCGCUGCUCCGACUGCAGACUCUCCUUCAGGCCCCAUUGUCGUCGUCCAGACGGUCGUCGUCCAUGUGCCGCCGAAGAGUGUCAGUACCCCCGGAUGGCAGAGCCCCGACAGCAUUCAGGUGGACCCUCCCGUCGCCACCCUUCCACCAGCCGAGACACCUGUGAUCCCCUCCCAGCCAACUACCAGCAGUCUCAGCCUUACCGGUCUCGUUCCGUACGACCCCAUUCCAGCGGUUUCCAUUCCAGGCAACAUCACCCUGCCGGAUGCUACGUCGACUCCCGAGGGGCCCAUGUUCCAGACACUCAUCAUGCCGGACGAUCCUCCCAUGACGACCGCCACAUUCACUCCAGCUGUCGUCACUCACAGCCCGGCUUGGCGGAUCGAGACUGGUGGUACCGUCGUUGCUGCUGCCGUCGUAGCCGCCAUUCUGGUUGCUGUUGGUAUCUAA